GUGGAAGGGAAAGAUGGCCUCCGACGUUUUGGCACCGUCCUGGAGGUCGAUGCGGAGAAGGGCGGAAAAACCGUGAAGUUGGACCUGGAAGCCAGCGAUCCCGAUGAGGAGGAAUCUCCUGCUAAGGAAAAAACGCCGGAGGAGAAGCCCGCGGAGGAAUUCGCUUUCGUGGUGGACGGGGACUUUGAAAAGAUCAGGGUGGAGUACUUCCUGAAAACCACCAAGCCAGGUGAUGAGAUCCAAGGCUUCAAACUGGAGAAGUCGAUGCCCAUGGCACCGGUUGGUAUCACAGGUUUCAAGGAACGCAAAACUGCACACAAGGAAGGCGUGAAGGAUUGGUAUCGCCUUGAUGUGGUGAAGACCCUGAAUGCUGCGCUGGCAAAGACAAGUUGGGAUGACGAGGCGACCCAUUUUGGUCAUGUAGAUCCGGGAGGGCACGGGGGAAGCCACUGGUUGGAUCAGGAAAACCUCACCUUCUAUUUCAUCAACGGAACUGUCAUAGCUCUCUCCGAGAGCAGGGAUCUUCUGGACAGCGGGCAAGCGGGCACAGGUUGCACUCAUCGACUGGUACCAGAAGCUCACAUCACCUUCAAAGGCAAGGUCAGCGAUGAGAUUAAGAAGUUCGAGGUGCGGGAAGAUAAUGAGAAUCCCAAGAUCGAGGACUUGGGACUUGGCUUGGCCUUUUCCGCGGGAGUGCGCUGCGGAUGGGUGCUGUCGGUAGAAGAUACGCUCAGCGAGGACAACACCGGAAUUCAGCCGAAGAUUUCCAAGGAGGAGUUGGUGGCGAAUCCCGAAAAGCUGUUGGAGAUGGAAAACGUCACCUUGGUCUUGGAAUGUGAAGAACCUGAGCAGAGCUGCGACGUGGAGAUGUACUCAGAGAAUUUCUACAACUACGACAUUGAAAGCAACUUUUGCACAGUCCAGUUCGAGACGGAUGGGGAUGGCUGUAGUUACCCGGAACGGCGCUGGGGCGUGCUAUGUCUGGUGGUGCCGAAGGAUUUUGAACCCAAGGAGGGCGAACUAAAGUGGAAAUGGCUGACGAGUGACGACGUGGGCGAAGAUGUGAAAGAUCUACCCAUCCUGAAGGAAGCCAGCACUUCAGCAGCGAAGGUUGGAACACUUUCACCAUCAGAUGAUCACAUCAAAAUCAUCAAGGAGGUGGAGGUGGAAGAUUCCACCUUUCUGCAGCUGGCUGAUGGGCAAUGGAUACCGAUCUUUCAGGAAGAUGAGGAUGGCAACAAGACGAGCGUCUUGGCGAAGGUGGAGCCUUGGGACGAAGUCAUGGCAGGGGCCUCCGAGAUCUUGAACCAUGCGGAAGGUGUUGCCGAUGCGAAUCCCUUGGUGAGCCGAGAAGGGUGGGACGAGGAACGAUUGAGGGCUCUGUGUAUGCGACACGGCUGGGAAUUUGAGUGGAUGAGUGAGGACGGUGAGCGUCGAAGACGCGGUGCUGAGCGGCAGGGCUUGGUGGCCAUGCCAUUUGCCACCACCAAAUCUGAUACUCAAUGUCCUGAUGGCUUCGAGACAAAAAGUUCCUGAAGGUCCUGAUAAAGAGAUGCUGCAUUCAUAGACCUGCCCUAUGUUCGAGGAAGACCGAGAGAUGGUGGAAGAGUCCUAAUGUCUGAGACACUCAACCACCAAGAUCAGAAUGUCCAGAAAACGGCUGUUAAACAAGUGGUUUU